CGUCUCAUUUGUUAAUAAUUCGUUUCGCUGUUUUCGUGGUCGUCAACUAUGCUGCGUCGCGUAUCGAGUGAAAAAUGUUCAAUUUCCAAAUAAUUUAUAAACAUAACAAGUAAAAAAUUAGAAAUACAGAAAAAUCAUUUUACUAGUGUGUUAGUGAAAAAGUGUUGUACAAAUGUAAAGAAAGUGUAAAAUGUAUUGGAGAUAAAAUACAAAAAAAUUAAAAUGACUGUGUGGCAGCAGUAGCAGCAGCAGUGGUGCCUGCGACAUCGCCCUGUUUUUUCAACCAUCUUCUCCGCUAUUGUCUGCUUAUUCAGACAGCGGCUGCUGCCUCGAAGUCUUGCAAUUCCGUAGUUCUGCCAUUCCUCUGAGGAUUUAGUGCGUCCAAAUAAUCCUAAAUGUGUGAAAGAUUCUCACUCGGGAGCAAUUACGCAAGCUCUUCCAAAUGAUAGGAGCGUCGGAUAUGUGAAAAGAUAUUAGCAGAAGUGUAGUGAAAUUUGCAAAAAAAACACCAUAUUCACAAAGUUAUUUGCAGAUCCAGUCGUACCAAACCAAUACUAAAGGCUGAUUAAGAGUUAUUUUGUGUUGUGCAAAUAUUUGACGCUGUGACGAUAUGGUGAUCUGCGACGAGUGACGAGCAGGUGGUGGCUACACAAGUAGCAGCCGCUACACAUAAGUUGUUCGUUUCCUGAUUAAACAAUCGUAUUCAAAAAGUGUUGAAAUGGCGUUUACUUGCUAUUAUGGUUUAUUAGAGAAUAUUGUUUUUGCUAUAGAGUAUUUCAGACAGUGACUAUAAUUUGUUUUUGAUAUUCAUUUCCUCACAGUGCUCAACUAUCACUUGGGUAACCGCAAGCUUCAAGUGACAAUAUUUGUAAAAAUUUAGUGAAAUAUCUUUAAUUUACCUAAAAAAUCAUAAAGUACAAUAAAAUAAAUUAAAGAUAUUUAAUAAUACGUCUAGUUCAAUUUAAUGAUAUUACAAAAAAAAAAAAUAAAAUAAAUAAAUUAUAUUGAGUGGUCAGACUGCUCCUCGGCUUUCGAGCUUUUAAGACAGAUACGUGAUUAUACUCAAAAGCAACAAUAUGGCACACGCCCACCAUAAUGCUGCUAAUCUGCUUAGUUCAGAUAUAUCACGACGCAAUCCACAGGAUGAAUACGAGCUCAUACAGAAGAUCGGUUCUGGCACAUACGGUGAUGUUUAUAAGGCGAAGCGCAUACAGAGCAAUGAAUUGGCCGCAAUCAAAGUCAUCAAACUCGAGCCCACCGACGACAUACAAAUCAUCCAGCAGGAGAUUAUUAUGAUGCGCGAUUGUCGGCACAAAAACAUCAUCACAUACUAUGGUUCGUACCUGCGGCGUGACAAGUUGUGGAUCUGCAUGGAGUACUGCGGUGGCGGUAGCCUGCAGGACAUCUACCAGGUGACGGGACCGCUAACCGAACAACAAAUCGCCUACAUGUGCCGUGAAACAUUGAAAGGACUCGAGUACCUGCAUACGAUGGGCAAGAUGCAUCGUGACAUCAAGGGCGCCAAUAUCCUGCUAACCGAACAGGGGGACGUCAAGUUGGCCGAUUUCGGAGUGUCCGCGCAGAUUACCGCCACGAUCAAUAAGCGGAAGAGCUUUAUCGGUACACCGUAUUGGAUGGCGCCGGAGGUGGCCGCCGUGGAGCGUAAAGGCGGCUACAAUCAAUUAUGUGAUAUAUGGGCGGUUGGCAUAACGGCAAUUGAACUUGCCGAACUCCAGCCGCCAAUGUUCGAUUUGCAUCCGAUGCGUGCGUUGUUCCUAAUGUCGAAAAGUGGUUUCAAACCGCCCACAUUGAGCAACAAGGAGAAGUGGAGCACCACAUUUCACAAUUUCGUGAAGACGGCGCUGACGAAGAAUCCAAAAAAACGUCCGACCGCCGAAUGCCUGCUGAAGCAUCCGUUCGUGCAGGGCGACAUGUCGGUUCGUGUGGCCAAGGAGUUGCUACAAAAGUUCUUGAGUCCCAAUCAGCAGUUCUACUACUAUUUGGAUGGGGAAGAGGAGACUGUCGCCAGCGUACCACAACGAAUAGCAAGCAAAAUGACAUCAAGGCCAAAUGGUAUUUCACCGCAAAAUCACACUUUGAAAACAGGCAUGACAACGAAUUCGCAGUGGAAUGAUCGCUCAUCUAGUCCCGAAACUUUGCCCAGCGACAUGAGCCUCUUACAGUAUAUUGAUGAGGAGCUAAAGCUAAGAGCCACCCUACCGUUAACCGAUACCAAAGAUCUGCUUAGCACCGAAUGCCACUGCGCGCACAAUGGUGGUAACGGUAACGGCAACGGCAACGGUAAUGGCAACGGCAAUGGCAAUGGCAAUGAAAACGGUGGCGUCAGCGGCGCCAACGAUGCCGCAGCGCCAACCGCGCCCGACGACAUCAGCAGCUCCAACGCAACCUCCGCGGCGCCAUCGACAGCUGCCACUGUGAAUGGUGGCGAUGCUGUCAGCUCGGUUACUAGCGCGAGCGGCUUGGGCCAUUCGAUGUCUGCCUAUUUGGGACUGAGUUUCGGCUUCUCUAACAUGCGCACAACGUCGGUUGACGCUGUGGUCAAUAACGCCAAUCAUGACAGCGAUGCGCGGCACCACCACCAACAGCAGCAACAGCAGCCACAUUAUCACCAUCAUCAUCAUCAUCAUUACAUGCACUACACCAACAACAGUAACAGUAAUAGCCACAGCAACGGCGGCGCCAGCAGCAGCGGCAGCAAUAUAAAUUCGCGCUCAACCAGCGCCACCGGCCUGUCGGCAUCCACGUCCAGCAACUCCUAUGGAACCGCAGUUGGGGCGCCAGCAAAGCUAAAUGGCCAAUCGCAGUACACGUCAUUGUCCUCGUCCUUGUACAAUCCACUGGACAAUUUGAGUUGCGAAAGCGGCGGCGGCGGCAUCGGCGGUGGUAUUGGAGGUGGUGGCUUUGGCUUUGGCUUAGGCGGCAGUGUUAGUGGUACUAAUGGUGGCGGGGGAAGUGGUGGUGUUGGUAUGUUAGGAAUUGAUAGGAGUAGCGGAGGUGGUAGUGUUGGUAGUGCUGGUGGUUUUGGUGGUGUUAGUGGUGGUGUCGGCGGUGGUGGCGCGUCCCCAUCACCAUCGUCAUCUUCGUCCGCGUUUGCUCGUGAUGUGCUUAUGCAUUCCUCUGCUUCCACGUCACAUUUAUUCACUAAUUUGCUGCGUAAUAAUGGCACCAAUUAUUUUAAUAGCAACACUUCGGUGACCGAUUCGGCAACAACAACUAGUGCAUCCGUAGCAACGUCGUCCAUAUCGGCCAUCCCUGCCGGCGCGGCGGCUCCGUUGUCGGGAGAGUGUACGCCCACAUCUGGGCAAGCGAUUGGCGGCAGCAGCAACGACAGCAAUUGUGAUUAUAGGCAUGAGAGUAAUCAGAACGGUCUGGAGGACUCACCACGCCGCCACAGCUCAAUGGAUCAGCUGAUUGGGCUGCUCAAUGACAUGGGCAAAUCGUCGAGAACACGCAGUCUCAGCGAUGGCGGCACACAAGACGACGAAGUGGAGAAAGAAGCGCAACCGGAUCUGCUCAAUAAUACGCCUCCCGUGCCUCCGAAACGCUCACAUCGUCGCCGCCAUACCCCGCCACGCCCCAUUUCCAAUGGUCUACCGCCCACGCCAAAGGUACAUAUGGGCGCAUGUUUUUCGAAAAUCUUCAACGGCUGUCCACUCCGCAUACACUGCACAGCCUCGUGGAUCCAUCCCGAAACGCGCGACCAGCAUCUACUCAUCGGCGCCGACGAGGGCAUCUUCAACCUAAACAUGAACGAGCUGCACGAUGCCGUCAUCGAUCAGCUGUUUCCGCGUCGCACCACCUGGCUGUAUGUGAUUAAGGACGUACUCAUGAGUCUAUCAGGCAAAUCUUGUCAAUUGUAUCGACACGAUCUGAUCGCGUUACAUUCCAAGCAGACGCACCGUUUCUCGCUGCACAUGAACAAAAUACCCGAAAGACUGGUCCCGCGCAAAUUCGCGCUCACCACAAAGGUGCCCGACACCAAGGGCUGCACCCAAUGCUGUGUAACAAGGAAUCCUUAUAACGGCUACAAGUACUUGUGCGGUGCCACGCCCAGUGGCAUAUUCCUCAUGCAAUGGUACGAUCCGCUGAACAAAUUCAUGCUGCUUAAGCAAUGCGAGUGGCCGGCAUCGAGCAUACUGGGUGGGGGACAUGGCUGUGUGCUAAACGGCCACACACCCGUCUUCGAGAUGAUCAUCACACCGGAGCUGGAAUAUCCAAUUGUCUGCACGGGCGUGCGAAAGGCACUCAACGGCUGCCUGAAGCUCGAGCUGAUCAAUAUGAAUAGCGCCAGCUGGUUCCAUUCAGACGAUCUGGACUUCGAUGCCACGGCCACAAUGGUGCCACGAAGAGAUCUGUUGAAAGUUGUGAAGGUGCAUCAGGUCGAAAAGGAUGCGAUACUGGUCUGCUAUGGCAACAUCAUACAAGUCGUCACGCUACAGGGUAAUCCAAAGCAACACAAGAAAUUGGUCUCGCAACUCAAUUUCGAUUUCAAUGUGGACAGCAUAGUUUGUCUACCCGAUAGCGUAUUAGCAUUCCACAAGCACGGCAUGCAGGGCAAGUCGUUGCGAAACGGCGAAAUUACGCAAGAAAUCAAGGACAUGAGUCGUACAUAUCGGCUGCUCGGCUGUGAUAAAGUCGUCGCUUUGGAGAGUCAAUUGCUGCGCACCGGUUCGCUGGGCAGCGAGGAGGGGCAUGAUCUUUACAUUCUAGCCGGCCAUGAGGCCAGUUAUUAAUUAACUAUAUAAUUACAAAAAUUAUAGUGUUAAAUGCAAUUAACUACAUAUGUGAAGCAAGUGAAACAAAAUAUUAUGUUUACUACAAAAAAACCGAAGCAAAAAUGCAAAGGGAAAACUGAACAAACUGACUUACGUUACGUAUGCAUACAUAAGCGAGUAUAAAUUUAAAUAAAAUGAGCAUAUGAAAUUAAGUGAAAUGAAUGUCGGAAAAAUGAAAAAAAAAUCUUACUAAA